AUGAUUGUCUUUGUGUCGUUCGACAAAGGAACAUUUGCAUUUGAGUCUAGAGAGGAUUUUAGUAUUAAUCCAAAGGUACACGUUGUAAUUACGAACGGAUUAGAUGCACCAACAACUUCCAAAAAUAUCACUGUUCAUUGCAAAUCUAAAGAUGACGAUCUUGGAUUUCACACACUCAUGUUUGGAGAAUCUUGGGAUUUUACAUUUAGGCCACUAGUAUUUCCACGUUGGCAAGAGACGUUAUUCUUCUGCAGCUUUACAUGGCCUAAAGAUCCCCUCCUUCAUUAUCUUGAUGUUUACAAUCAAAAAAAAGAUGAAUGCAUCGAGUGCUUAUGGAAAAUUACGUCAAAAGGUGGUUGUAAGUAUAACUCAAAUUUGAAAAAGUAUGAUGUGUGCGUUCCUUGGAAAAGUGUUCAAGUAGUUGGGGCAAACAAUUCUUCCAAAAUUUAA